AUGGGUACCACUGCGCUGACUGGUUUCUCCAUGAUGAGCUUGCUCAGUCUAGGUUAUCUGGCAUGGGAUCCAAACAGCCCCAAUCAGGUGGAGACCGACCCCAGAGUGGAUACUUUUGGAGACAGCUCUCCAUCGGCUCCGCAGCCUCCUCACAUCAUCUUCAUCAUGACUGAUGACCAAGGAUUUAAUGACAUUGGAUAUCACAGCUCAGACAUCAAAACACCCACACUGGACAAACUGGCAGCAUAUGGAGUUAAGCUGGAGAAUUACUACAUUCAGCCCAUCUGUACUCCAUCCAGGAGCCAGUUCAUGACCGGCAGGUACCAAAUUCACACUGGUCUGCAGCACUCCAUCAUUCGCCCUCGCCAACCGAACUGUCUGCCCCUUGACCAGGUCACGUUACCCCAGAGGCUGCAGGAGCUGGGAUAUGCCACACACAUGGUCGGGAAGUGGCACUUGGGCUUUUAUAAGAAGGAGUGCUUACCCACGCGACGUGGAUUUGACACUUAUCUUGGCUCCUUAACGGGAAGUGUCAAUUACUACACCUAUACUUCCUGUGACGGCCCUGAUCUGUGCGGAUAUGACCUGCAUGAAGGCGAGACUGUAGCAUGGGGUUACAAAGGCAAAUACUCCACUCACCUGUACACCCGCAGAGUACGCAAGAUCCUGGCCACUCACGACCCUAAGGCCCAGCCCCUGUUUAUCUUCCUCUCUUUUCAGGCUGUGCACACGCCCCUGCAGUCGCCUCAGGAGUACAUCGAUCCCUAUAGGGACCUAGGCAACGUGGCACGCAGGAAGUAUGCUGGUAUGGUCUCGGCUGUGGAUGAAGCUGUUCGAAAUAUCACUUAUGCCCUUCGCAAAUAUGGAUACUACAAAAACAGUGUGCUCAUCUUCUCCACUGACAAUGGGGGCCAGCCACUGUCAGGGGGAAAUAACUGGCCUCUUAGGGGGCGGAAAGGCACCUAUUGGGAAGGAGGCAUCAGAGGUUUGGGGUUUGUACACAGCCCUCUACUCAGAAGGAGGAGGAGAGUGAGCCAUGCGCUGGUGCACAUCACUGACUGGUAUCCAACCCUUGUGGCAUUAGCUGGUGGUAACAGCUCUAUGACUGAAGGCCUGGAUGGAUUUGAUGUUUGGGAAGCCAUCAGUGAGGACAAAGAGUCUCCGAGAUAUGAAAUCCUACAUAAUAUUGACCCACUUUAUAACCAUGCUCGAAGUGGAUCAUUACAGGAAGGCUAUGGCAUAUGGAAUACAGCCAUCCAGGCCUCUAUACGAGUCGGAGAUUGGAAACUUCUGACUGGAGACCCUGGCUACGGAGACUGGAUCCCUCCUCAAGUUCUUCCCGGAUUUCCGAACACUUGGUGGAACCUGGAGCGACACCUUGAGCCGAAGAAAUCCAAAUGGCUGUUCAACAUCGCUACCGACCCGUACGAGCGCCGUGACUAUUCUGACGAAAGGCCGGAUAUUGUGUAUGAGCUGAUGGCCAGACUGGCGUUCUAUAAUCGCAGUGCAGUGCCAGUGAGGUUCCCCUCAGAGGACCCACGGGCCGACCCCAGCCUGAGUGGAGGGGUGUGGCUGCCAUGGGUAGAGGAUGAGGACGAGGAGGAAGAGUGGGAUGACAACCACCACACAGAACAAAGUGACUGGAGGAAGAAGCUUAAACUGUCCCAGAGCAUGUCAUUACUCAAGAGUCUUCAGGCCAAAAUUAUGUCCAACUGGAUAUAG